GAUUCCCCAGAGAUAUCACAUUUGACGCCAUGAUUAUUCUUUACUAAAGCGUAUGAUUUUUUUUUUCAAGAUUACAAGUACACAUUGGUGAAACUACAUUUAAAAAGUCAGUGUUUGUUGAUAGAAAAUACCUACAAUGUUUUCAUAUGUACCAUCAUUUUGAACUUUGAUGAACAUUAGCCUUUCCUGAUCUUGAUCGUCCUCACAUAUAGAUUCGCCAGUUAAAUAAUAGAAUACAGACUAGAAGAAGAAUAGUCACUCGUAAACAAAAACGAUGGUGGACGUGCAGAAAUUGUGUUGGUGAUUCAUAUAUUCUUCACCGUAAUUUAAGUUGGAAAAUUAGUUGGUGGAUGACCUCGAACCGAAUUUGGGAUACCAGCUUCUGUAAAAGCUUUGUAACACAGAGGAGAGUACUUCACUGUUAAAGAUGUUUACUGUACAAACAAUCAUCUGCCAACUCAUCAACCGAGCAAGGCCUUCACCUUCUGCACGGCUAUCCACAAGUGGGGACAACAUAAUCACAACACUGACUGAUGGAGGACACAUGAUAGAAAUGGUACGAUCCAUCGUGCCUCCAUUAGAUUAUACCAAGCACAAAGGACAAGAUGGACGUAUAGCAACAAUAGGAGGUUGUCAAGAGUACACCGGUGCACCAUACUUUGCUGCUAUAUCUGCAUUCCGUGUAGGCUGUGAUCUCUCCCAUGUCUUCUGUACUAAUGGUGCUGGUACAGUUAUCAAGUCCUACAGUCCUGAACUCAUUGUUCAUCCAUGCCUAGACGCUACAGAUGGUGUGGAGGAAGUUAAGAAGUGGUUACCCAGGAUGCAUUCCAUUGUUAUUGGUCCAGGACUCGGUAGGGACCAGAAGCUGCUAGACCAAGUCAAGAGUGUGAUAGCUGAAGCCAAAGAAUUGGAACUGCCUCUUGUUUUUGAUGCAGAUGGAGUAUUUCUGUUAACACAAUCACCAGACUUGAUCAGAGACUACAGACAAGCUAUCCUUACACCCAACCAGGUUGAAUUUAAACAUCUCUUCAAGAGUGUGGUUGGAUCUGAUGUCAACCCAACUGAACCUCAAGCUGAUGUAAUGGAAUUGAGUAGAUCAUUAGGUCAUGUUACCGUGUGCAGGAAAGGGGAGAAUGAUAUCAUUUCAGAUGGUCACAAUGUUCUGGUCUGUUGUGGCGAAGGGAGCCCAAGGAGAUGUGGCGGGCAAGGAGAUAUUCUAUCAGGGACUUUGGGUGUGUUCUCAUUCUGGGCUCACCAAGCUUGUCUACAUAGAGCGAACAUCCAGAAUGAAUACCUGAAGAUAUUUGGCCCCACUCUGUGUGCAGCAUAUGGUGCAUGUCUGCUGACAAAAAGAUGUUCUAGUAGAGCCUUUGAGAAGCAUGGAAGAGGAAUGACUACAACAGAGAUGCUACCAGAAAUACAACCAGUCUUUGCUACUCUGUUUGAGACUUCAGAAUGAAUGACUAAUAGGUCUUACAAAGUUAUGUUCUGUUCAACAAAAGGUUCAUCUGGAGGCAAUUAUCACUGUCCAGGUGGUUUCAUCCAAGGUCCACAAGAUUCCUGGAAGAUCUGUCCCAGAGAUGGUGCUAAAGGUCAAAGGUUCAUUGUCUUGUGCAUGACCUUGAGACAUAGGUCACCUCUUGAGAACAGAGAUGAAAGCAUCUUUGGGUACUUCAACAUUGCCAAACUUCUUCAUCCUCUUCUUCCCUUCAGCCUGACGACGAAGGAGUUUCAUCUUCCUGGUGAUGUCACCUCCGUACUGGAAGUAAAAAAAAGAAAAGAAAGUAGCUGUCACCUCCAUACUGGAAUUAAAAAUUAGAAAAAAAUGGCACCUCCAUAUUUGAAAUAAUAAAUUUAAAGAAAGUGGAUUCACUCUAAAAUCAUGGAUCAUGGGUAAUCUUAUUAUUAGAUCACCAAUCUGUCUGAUAAAUUAUCUCCAGGUUGUUUUAAUAUUUUGUUAAAAGAAGUGAAGGGUUACACUAGAACAUUAACAUAAGGUCAUUUUUUUAGAAUUAUUUUGCUUUAAUAAUGACUACAUGCAUACCUUGUUUAUUUAUGCCACUUUUUUUUUUUUUUUUUUUUUAUUCUCAAGGGGAAAAAGGUCUCUGUUACACAUUUGAACAAAUGUCAAUGUGUAACAUAUAGACUUUUACUUUUUAGUAAGUAUUGAUCUUUUUUUCAAAGGGUGUUUUUUUUGGUAUAAUUUAGAAAAUAUUAAGUAUAUUUCAUGUGAAUGUACAUAACUGUUUCUUUGGUUGUCUUUCUGAAGAAGAUUAAUGUGUUGUAUAAUUGUAAUAUAACCCAAUUAUUAUUGAAAAACAUUUCCUUUACAUUUAAACCAAAGACAAGUCAAAAGAUUAUAUUGAAUUUAUGUAGUAUGGUAAACAGUGAAUAUGGGCCAGAAAAAUGGGCCUGUUGUAUGGAAACAUUAAUUUAAAAGGUGAAAUGGCAGAGUUACUAUCCGUCAGAUUUAAGCAAUUGGAUGAGAGCUCAUUACUGUUGGUGAAAAAAUGAUAUUCCUGAACCACAUUGCACAAAACAUAACAUGGUAAUUUGGUAUUUUGCUUGAAUUGUGUUGCUAAGAAUAAUUAUACUUAAUUUUUAAGAACUAUUUUUGUUUUUCUUGUGGAGUUAUCUACCUCAAGUUUGGGCAAGAUAAGAACACAACAGCCAAAAUGCACUAAUUAUUGUAACAGACACCCAAAACAUUAAAAGAAAUAUGAAUCCUAUCACAAAAAAUUUGAUAAAACAUUAUUUGUAUAGCGCUUAUCACAAAACAUGUCUCUAAGCACUAAAAAAAAGGAGAGGUCACUCUCAAUGGCUUCUCUUAUUUCUUUAGUACCCAUGUCAGCUUGAACUUGAUUAAUACCGGUAAUAAUAAUAUAGGAUUUGUAUAUCGCAUGUAUCCACCUUUGAUUAUCUUUAUGUUUAGGAAACAUGUAUGUACUUUUACAAUAAUUAGUUUAUUAAGAUUGUGUGUAAGGUAUAUAUAAAUUCUUAAAAUCUUAGCCAGUUUUUUUUCUUCAAAAUAAUGUAUGAUCAGAUUUAGUUUGUAAUUUAUCUUGCCUUGACAAAUCAAGAUUUAAGUUAAUUUUUCUCUAAAUUUUUAUUUUGAAUUUUAUAUGUAUAUCUAUCAAUUUAUGUUUGGUGUUGGGAGAUCUGUACUUAAAAACUGAAAUAACUUGUUCAGUCUUCUAGACUAUAAAUAAACAUGUUAUGAAUUGCCAAAUUUGAUGGCUGUCAUUUCUUCUCUGUGAUUAACCAUCUGAUGGAAUCCACCUUUUCCUGUAUGCCUCUUAUAUGGAAGUAAAAUAUUAUUAAAGAUUAACAAAUGUCAUGAACAUUGCAAAACAAACAAAAAGGUUACUUGGGGUAUUUUUCACGAAAUUGUAAUAUGAAUAUCCCAUACAAACAUGCAUUUAGAUAUGCUGUUUUGUCUGUCCAAGGAGUUAGACUGACAAAUUUAAGAAAUGGGAUCCAGAGAUGGUGAUAAGUCCACUGACUUGAAUAAGACAUGACAGGGUUCCCCCAUUCAUGGAAAAUCCUGGAAAAAUUUGUGGUCAUGGAGUCAGGGAAUUUUGAAAAUUCGUGAAAAGUCAUUGAAAAGUCAUGGAUUUGCAUUUACCUCUUGGCUAUGGCAGCUUUCCAGUUUGUUGUAUCUCGCAACUCUCAUACUCUGCUUUUAUAAUUGGUGUUUGUGAUUUCCACAUUCCCAGUUUUGUGACACCCCAAAUUCUACAUAACUCACACGAUGUCACGAGAAGUCAUGGAAAGCAGCAAUUUAGUCAUGGAAGAGUCAUGGAAUUCUGUUUUCAAAUUUCUGUGGGAACCCUGACUUCAACACUGAAUUAGCAUUCAAAACUAAGCAUUUAAUGAAUACCUUAUAAUGCAAGUCUCAUAUACAAUUGUGAUCUUUCAGCACAAAUAGAUGAAAGCAGCAGCAUAGUUUUAGUCACUUCUGAUUCCUUAAAUUGGCAAAAUGACUGUCAUAAUUUGUAAGAUUAAAUAUUUUAUUGACUGGAAAACAUUGAUAAAUAAGAUAUGUGUAGCGGUAAAUUUGUAUAAUACGUUGUUCUUAUAGAGUACCUGUUGCCAUUAAGUGUAAUCACUGUGAUAUGCAUAAAUUCCAUGAUAAAGGGUGGAAAAGAAUAUUGAAGUUUUAAAUAAAAGAAAAUUAAUAAAAAUGAAAUAAUAAGUUUG